AUAGUCCAUUAAAUAUAGCCAUAUAAUAUAUAAAUAUAAGAGCUACAAAGUGUGACAUUACUUUCAAAAAAGAAAAUUUGAGUUAAUUUCUUUUUCAGCUUCUUCCUUUCAUUCAGAAGCCAUUUUGAUUUUCUCUCUUUCUUAUUGACCAAAUAUGAAACUAAAAAAUGUGUUACUAUUGGUCUUUCUAUUUGUUGAAUGUGUUUUUUUCAAAGUUGAAUCAAAGUGUGUGAAAGGGUGUGAUAUAGCUUUAGCUUCUUACUAUGUCUUACCUUUAGUUGAACUUCCAAGUGUAAAAAACUUUAUGCAAUCAAAGAUUGUUACAAAUUCUUCUGAUAUUUUAAAUAAAUACAAUAAAGUCUUAGUAACCAAUCAUGGUAAUAUUUUUUCAUUUUUUAGAAUCAAUAUUCCAUUCCCAUGUGAAUGUAUUGGAGGUGAAUUUCUUGGUCAUGUGUUUGAAUACACAGCGAAAGAAGGCGAUACUUAUGAUUUGAUUGCAAAUACUUAUUAUGUAAGUUUAACAACUGUUGAGCUUUUGAAAAAGUUCAAUAGUUAUGAUCCAAAUCAUAUACCUGCUAAGGCUAAGGUUAAUGUCACUGUCAAUUGUUCUUGUGGGAAUAGCCAAGUUUCAAAAGAUUAUGGCUUGUUUAUUACAUAUCCACUUAGAACUGGUGAUACUCUUAAGAAGAUUGCUAAUGAGUCUAAACUUGAUGAAGGGUUGUUACAGAAUUACAAUCCUGGUGUCGAUUUCAGCAAAGAGAGUGGGAUUGUGUUCAUUCCAGGAAGAGAUCAAAAUGGAGAUUAUGUUCCCUUAUAUCCUAGGUUUGGCCUUUUGAGUUCAUAUUAUGAUGAUUAUUUUUGGCACAAAAAAUAUGAGAAAGUAAAAACGGUUAAUGCCUCGUUCUAUAUAUACGCAGGUCUUGCUAAGGGCGCAGCGGUUGGUAUAUCUAUAGCAGGAAUAUUUGGGUUUGUAUUAUUUGUUAUCUGUAUAUAUGUUAGAUACAUUAAGAAGAAGGAAGAAGAGAAAGAUAAACUUCCUCGAAUUUCUAUGAAGCUUUCAACUCAAGAUGGUAAUGGUAGUGGAGAAUAUGAAACUUCCAGUGGCACUGGUAGUGCUACUGGCCUUACAGGUAUUAUGGUGGCAAAGUCAACAGAGUUUUCAUAUCAAGAACUAGCCAAAGCUACAAAUAACUUCAACUUGGAUCAUAAAAUUGGUCAAGGUGGAUUUGGAGCUGUUUAUUAUGCAGAACUUAGAGGCGAGAAAACAGCAAUUAAGAAGAUGGACGUACAAGCGUCGACAGAAUUUCUUUGUGAGUUGAAGGUCUUAACACAUGUUCAUCACUUGAAUCUGGUACGUUUGAUUGGAUAUUGCGUUGAGGGAUCACUUUUCCUUGUAUACGAACAUAUUGACAAUGGAAACUUGGGUCAUUAUUUGCACGGAAUAGGUAAAGAACCAUUACCAUGGUCAAGUAGAGUUCAAAUUGCUCUAGAUUCAGCAAGAGGCCUUGAAUACAUUCAUGAGCACACUGUGCCUGUGUAUAUCCAUCGUGAUGUAAAAUCAGCAAAUAUAUUGAUAGACAAAAACUUGCGCGGAAAGGUUGCAGAUUUUGGCUUAACCAAACUUAUUGAAGUUGGAAGCUCUACACUUCACACUCGUCUUGUUGGAACUUUCGGAUACAUGCCACCAGAGUAUGCUCAAUAUGGCGAUAUUUCUCCGAAAAUAGAUGUAUAUGCUUUUGGAGUUGUUCUUUUUGAACUUAUUUCUGCAAAGAAUGCUGUUCUAAGGACAGGUGAAACUGUUGCUGAAUCAAAGGGUCUUGUAGCCUUGUUUGGAGAAGCACUUAAUCAAAUUGAUCCUUUAGAAGGUCUUCGCAAACUUGUGGAUCCUAGGCUUAAAGAAAACUAUCUAAUUGAAGAUGUUCUCAAGAUGGCUGAACUUGGGAGAGCAUGUACACGAGACAAUCCGUUACUACGCCCAAGUAUGAGAUCUGCAGUUGUGGCUCUUAUGAGACUUUCACCACCAACCCAAGAUUGUGAUGAUGAUGAUGAUGAUACUUCCUAUGAAAAUCAAACUAUCAUAAAUCUAUUGUCAGUGAGAUGAUGGUUCUCUAUACCCAAUUUAAUGGUGUUUGUUAAAACUUUACAACAAAAGGUUUGUACAUUGUAUAUAAAACAUUGCACUUGGGGAGUUUUUUUACCUAUGAAAUACAAACACUCCUCAGAUUAUGUGUGUCGGACAUGUAUCACUGUCCGACACCAACACAACUCUGACACACAUGAUUACAAAUCAGUGACGAGUCUGUGUUUCAUAGGUUUUUACCUUCUACUUCAGUUUGUAUUUCCCAAAACAGUCAAAACCUCCUGUAAUUAUUUUUAGUGAAGUUUUUUCUUUUGACCAA